AUGCUUGAACGAUUGUUGUCAACACCUGUUCAAAACCACACCACUAACAACAACAACAACACAACACACACACAGAAAAAGACUUUUCUCUCUCACACUUCUCUCUCUCUCUCUCUCUUAACCAAUUCUCUCUCAUCCUCAUCUCUCUCUCUCUCUCUCUCUCUCUCUGUGUCUCUGUCUCUCUGUCAGAGGCACGCGCUGCCGACGGGGCUUUGGCUUGCCUGCUUUGCCGGGGAGUUCAAGUCGGGUUCUGUGACUACCUUUGCGACAGCCAUUCACGGUGUGAGGAGCUCGGCUCACCUAUCCCCAUCUUGCUGUGCCAGACAACGCAAACCGGUGCCGCAAAGGCUUGCUCCCGUUGUCAUGAGCUCGGCCAUAGACCGCCGCGUCGGCUUCUCCCUGCGCGACCCGCGGGACCACUGGGAUUAUGAACACUAUGAUCUGGCCAAGGGAUCAACCGUGUUUCAAACUCGCAUUGGCCCUGACUACAAACGACACAAGAAGAAAGCGCCCUCAGGGCCGCCCAUGUAUGAGCAGAUUGGCAACGACAUUUUUGUCUCUGACAAGCGCGCCAUGAACAUUUGCCGGCGCGUGCGUUUACCCGCACCACCGUCUCCCCGCGACCAUCCGUCGGGUGGUGUACCCCCCUAUCUGGUCGUCACAGUCAUGUUCCCAGACUACGCGGCCCCCCUUUUUGGUGCCAAGGAAGGCAAGACCUUCAAUUUGGCCUGCUAUUUCUUGAUGAAGGAAGAAACAUGGCAUCAUUUGCAACCCGAGGCCAUUGAGAGCGCACCGCCAGCCUAUCGUCUUCUGCGCGACUUUGUCCAACGUGAUGAUCUCAAAGAUCGCUUCAAGGUCAUUGCCAACCUAGUCAACGUCGAGUCCAGCCCAUUUAACAAACUUGUCAAGUCUCUCAUCUCGUCCUACAAUAUGAAACCAGUUCUGACCCGACCACAGCACCACUGGUUCACGGACCAUCGCACAUAUCUCGAGGUGAACGUUGAUGUCCACAUCUUUGCCUACCCAGCCCGCUCCACCUGGGACAGCCUGCGGCCCGUUCUGAAUCAGUUGACGAUUGAAUCGGGCCUCGUCGUCGAGGCCAGAGAUAACGAGGAAAUGCCAGAGCAGCUCCUUGGCAUCGCCCUGUCUCAUGAGCUGGACUAUGACGCCGCACCGCGCGUAGCCUAUGAAACGUGGCCCACCUUUGACCAGCACUUUGACCACUCAUUUACUCUGCAGGAGUACAUGCCACACCUCUACACCUCAUCGCCAGAGGAAGUGGCCGAGAGCUUUGCACGCCUACCCCCACACAUGGUUGAUGCAAGCGAGGAAGAACAAUCGGCCUUUCACCUCUUCAACGGCACCCCCACCCCCGCCAUUCCCAUCCAUGGCGAGCACUCAACCACAGGAUCAAGCCUCCACAAGUCCCAGUCUCUAUCGGCAGUGGGGCCCGUGGAACACACGCCAUCAUCGACAACGUCCCGCCAUCUCUCCAUCUCUAGUGCGCAGGGUCUGGUCACCGCAACCUCGCCAACCGCAUCUGAUGCCCCUAGCCAAGGCUUUCGCCGCACCUCGCCCAUGAUUCGUCCCGUUUCGCGUGGCAUCAAGAUUGAGACCACGGGUCACAUGACACCGGCCAUGGUGACGCGACUGCGUGACCGCCUUGAUCAAGCCAUUGAUUUUGGUGGUGAGAGCGUGCCCGAGCAUCAACACGAGGAUGACGAUGACGAUGACGAAUUCUUUGAUGCUCUGGACCAACCUCUCCCAGACGAGGAAGAGGAGGAAGCAAGCCCCGCACGCGCGCCGCGCGGUUCCGUCAUGGGUUAUUUUUCGGGCUACUUUUCCUCCAAACAUAAGCAUAAACACAAACACAAGCACAAACACAAAGCAUAG